AUGGCCGAUACCGAGGAUGCAGGCGCAUCCGUUUCUGAGCCUCUGGACCUCGUCCGUCUCUCUUUGGACGAAAUUGUUUUCGUGAAGCUACGCGGUGACCGUGAACUCAAGGGCCGCCUCCACGCAUACGACAGCCACUGCAACUUGGUGUUAGGCGAUGUGGAGGAGACAAUCUACGUGGUAGAGGAGGACGAGAACGAAGAAGAAAUUACCAGGACAAUCAAGAAGCAAGAAGAGAUGCUCUUUGUACGAGGUGAUUCCGUCGUUUUGAUCUCGCCCCAAGCCUGA